GAGGCGACCUGCAAUGCCUUGAUCGAUUGCGGAGCAUCUCGCAACUACAUCAGCCAGGACUUCAUGGUACGCGCCGGCCUUGGCCCACGUGUCCGGAGGRAGUCCCAGCCUACGCAAGUCACUCUGGCAGACGGUCAUACGCACGAGUCUAUCGACCGGUGCAUUGACGCCGUCCCAGUGUACUUUGCCCCUCACACAAGUGAGGCGGUGUCCUUUGACAUUCUGGACACCAAAUUUGACAUGAUCUUGGACAUAUCAUGGCUGCGAAGCAAGGAUCACCCGGUGAACUUCUUCAACCGCACCGUUCACAUUCGUGACCGGAACGGAGUAUUAGUUUCAUGCACGGUGCCUCUUCCUCAUCCUUCGAUCAGCUGCCACGUGGUAUCCGCCGCAAGCAUGCGAGCUUCCAUCAUCAGAGAUGACAUCGAGGAGAUGGGGGUGUGUUUUCUCCACGCCCUCCCGCCACAUAACGCCUCAUCGACGGACUCACCUUCGGAUCCACACAUCACCGAACUUCUCGACGCCUACAGGGACGUGUUCGAAGGCCCGCGCGGAGUAGUACCGGAUCGACCCAUCCGCCACGAGAUCAUCCUCGAGGACGGGGCCGUACCUCCGCGCGGUUGCAUCUACCGAAUGAGCGAGGAAGAGUUAAGUGUGCUUCGGGCACAACUCGACGACCUUCUAGAGAAAGGCGGGAUUCGGCCUAGCUCAUCGCCAUACGGUGCUCUUGUUCUCUUCGUCCGGAAGAAAAACAAGGACCUGCGGUUGUGCAUCGAUUAUCGCAAGCUCAACGCGCAGACGAUCAGGAACGCCGGCCCUCUCCCACGCAUCGACGACCUUCUCGGGCGAUUGGGAGGUGCCCAGUUCUUCUCUAAGCUGGAUCUCAAGUCAGGGUACCACCAACUCGAGAUUCGCAAGGAGGAUCGCUACAAGACCGCGUUCAAGACWCGKUAURGGCAUUUCGAAUGGYUGGUCAUGCCAUUUGGCCUUACGAAUGCCCCAGCCACUUUCCAAGCGGCUAUGACGACGGAGUUCCGACACAUGCUGGAUCAAUUCGUACUUAUCUACCUCGACGACAUUCUGGUUUACAGCCGGAAUCUGGACGAGCAUGUGGAACACCUGUGCACCAUUUUGGAGCGGCUACGACAGGCCAAGUACAAAGCGAACCGCGACAAGUGCGAGUUCGCACARCAGGAGCUGGAGUACUUGGGACACUAUGUGACGCUGCAAGGCAUCCGUCCGCUUGCGGACAAGUGGCCCGAGCCCACCAACACCACGGRCGUYCGUUCAUUCAUGCGGUUGGCAGGCUACUAUCAGCGAUUCAUCACUGGAUACUCCAGGAUUGCUGCACCUAUGACGAGGUUACAGUCGCCAAAGGUGCCAUUCGUAUUCGAUGACGAUGCACGCCGGUCAUUCCAAGCACUUAAGACGGCUAUGCUCAUGGCACCCGUCCUUAGCAUCUAUGACCCCACCCUGCCGACGCGAGUGACUACGGACGCUUCCGGCUAUGGCAUUGGGGCAGUCUUGGAACAGCACGACGACAACGACUGGCACCCUAUGGAGUAUUUCAGCCACAAAGUGCCUCCCAUCAACUCGCUUGAUGAUGCAAGGAAGAAGGAGCUGCUCGCAUUCACUUGACAUUUGGGAUUCAGACAUUCCGACGAGGGACUAUUUGGGCUUGUGCCGAAGACUU